AUGCUGGAGACCGGCUGCUGCCGAGCCAAGAAUGCCUCCAACGUCCUCAUGAAGAACUUGGUGAACGUGUGCGUGGGAACUCUGGGCUGGUGGAGUUUCGGCUGGGCCUUUGCCUACGGGGCGCAGAAUGGGAACGGCUUCAUCGGCACCUCUGGAUUUUUCGGCAUCGACUUCUACACCCAGGACGCGACCACUGGCGUGAUCACGCCAGUCACCUGCAACGGGGAUGGCUGCCAGAGCACCAUGCUGAGUUGGUUCUUCCAGUGGGCCUUCUGCACAGCAGGCGCCACCAUUGUGAGCGGGGCAGUCGCGGAGCGUGUGAAGAGCCCCACCUAUGCCGCCUACGCCUUCUUCAUGACCAGCUUCAUCUACCCCGUGGUGGUGGCAUGGACCUGGGGCGGGGGCUGGAUUGCGAAUGUCCUGGACGUGGGCUACAUGGACUUUGCCGGCUCCGGAGUUGUCCACCUCACGGGCGGCGUCAGCGGCCUGGCCGGCACCAUCGUGCUGGGGCCCAGGAAGGGGCGGUUCACCAACCCCGACGACUUCGAGCCCCACAACCUGCCCCUGGUGGUGCUGGGCACCUUUGCGCUCUGGUUCGGCUGGUACGGCUUCAACCCAGGCUCCACCCUGGGCAUGCACGACGGGGCCACCGGUGCACUGGCCGCACAGGUCGCCAUGAACACCACCCUGGCUGCGGCCACCGGCGGCAUCACGGUCUUCAUCCUGCGCUACGCCAUACUCAGGAAGUACGACGUGGGCGGCUUGUGCAACGGCAUCCUUGCCGGGCUGGUCUCCAUCACCGCAGGGUGCGGCAACAUGGAGUGCGGCUCCGCCUUCGCCACAGGGCUGGUGGGUGCCUUUGUCUAUCAAGGCGCCUCCAUGCUGCUCCAGAAGCUGAAGAUCGAUGACCCCGUGGACGCGGCGCCGGUGCACGGCUUCUGCGGCAUCUGGGGCUGCCUCGCCUGCGGGCUCUUCGACUGGGGCAAGGGCGUGGACCACUACCACGGCUGGAGCGGCUGGGGCUGCAUGGCCAACACGGAUGGCAGCUGCAAGACCGGCAUCGGCGGCUCCGCCAUCGGCGCGCAGUUCAUCAUGAUCCUCAUGAUCAUCAUCUGGGCGGGCCUGCUCUCCGCCCUCGCCUUCGUGAUCCUGAAGGUGGUGGGUGCUCUGCGGGUGAGUGAGGACGUGGAGGACGGCGGCAUGGACUCGCACCACCACUCCCCACCCAAGGCGGGAGACGGCGAGUCACGGUCGGAGUUGGGGUGCACGCUGUCUGGGGUCCGGGAUGACCGGCCGCUCUUGUGGCUUCCUCCGCCGAACUCCAAGAUGAGGCUCGCGGAUCCGCUCGUGGCCGCCUUGAAGGCGGAGCUGUCGGCGCAGCGGCAGCUGCUGGAGGAGUCGCGGCAUCGCUUUGAGGAAAUGGAGGAGGGUGGCCGACGUCUGCAGGUGACCCAAACAAGCUUCGACACCUCUGUGGCGGAGCUGCAGGCGAUGGACCAGGGCCUGGCGGGGGCGCUGGACAGCGCGUGGCUGUGCCUCUGCGGGGCGCUGGUGAUGUUCAUGCACGCCGGCUUCGCAAUGCUGGAGACAGGCUGCUGCCGCGCCAAGAACGCGUCCAACGUCUUGAUGAAGAACUUGGUGAACGUGUGUGUGGGCACCUUGGGCUGGUGGAGCUUGGGAUGGGCCUUUGCCUACGGCGCGCAGAACGGCAAUGGCUUUAUCGGCACCACCGGCUUCUUCGGCUGGGAUUUCUACAGCCAAGAUGCCACCACGGGGGUGAUCACGCCAGUCACCUGCAACGGGGAAGGCUGCCAGAGCACCAUGCUGAGCUGGUUCUUCCAGUGGGCCUUCUGCACAGCAGGCGCCACCAUCGUGAGCGGAGCAGUCGCGGAGCGCGUGAAGAGCCCCACCUAUGCCGCCUACGCCUUCUUCAUGACAAGCUUCAUCUACCCCGUGGUGGUGGCAUGGACCUGGGGUGGGGGCUGGAUUGCCAGCGUCUUGGACGUGGGCUACAUGGACUUUGCUGGCUCCGGUGUUGUCCACCUCACGGGCGGCGUCAGCGGCCUGGCCGGCACCAUCGUGCUGGGGCCCAGGAAGGGGCGCUUUGUGAAUCCAGAGGAGUUUGAGCCUCACAACCUGCCGCUGGUCGUGCUGGGCACCUUUGCGCUGUGGUUCGGCUGGUACGGCUUCAACCCAGGCUCCACCCUGGGCAUGCACGACGGGGCCACAGGUGCGCUGGCCGCGCAGGUGGCCAUGAACACCACCCUGGCUGCGGCCACGGGCGGCAUCACGGUCUUCAUCCUGCGCUACGCCAUCCUCAGGAAGUACGACGUGGGCGGCUUGUGCAACGGCAUCCUCGCGGGCCUCGUCUCCAUCACUGCCGGGUGCGGCAACAUGGAGUGCGGCUCUGCCUUUGCCACCGGUCUGGUGGGGGCCAUGGUGUACCAGGGAGCCUCCAUGCUGCUCCAGAAGCUGAAGAUCGACGACCCCGUGGACGCCGCGCCGGUGCACGGCUUCUGCGGCAUUUGGGGUUGCAUUGCCUGCGGCCUCUUCGACUGGGGCAAGGGAGUGGACCACUUCCACGGCUGGAGCGGCUGGGGCUGCAUGCAAACCGCGGACGAGAGCAGCUGCAAGACGGGCAUCGGCGGCACAGCCAUCGGCGCGCAGUUCAUCAUGGUCCUCAUGAUCAUCGUUUGGGCCGGGAGCCUGUCGACCAUCGCAUUCUUCCUGCUGAAGCUGACGGGGCUGCUGCGAAUCAGCGAGGAGGUGGAAGAGGGCGGCAUGGACUCCCACCACCACUCCCCGCCGAAAGCCUAUGCUCUCGCCAACCCCAUGGACAACAACGGCCGGGGGGUGGGGAACUCCAGGGCCUUCUCUCUACCCGACCCUUCCGAGGAAUCAGGGUGUUUGUUUUUUUUCCCCCCAAGCCCCGGAAGUGGGGGAAUUUGCGUGUUUGGCAGGUGUCUUUGGGCCCCGGAAGCCAAAAGCUAA